AUGCUGAGAAGGCGGGUUUCAUGGGAUGUGACGAAUUCUCUAGCCAUGGACGACGUACACCCUUCAAGCGACAGCAUCGAAGAGGAGGCAACCACCAAGUGCUACAGUGAUGGGUUUGAUGAUAACGAGGAUCCGUUUUUCUUGUCUGAUGAUGAUUUUGUUGGUGGGGAUGAUGGUGCUGCUGAUGCCCUUUUGGAAGAUAUAAAAGAGGAUGAAAUUGAUCUCCUCAAGCACAAGCAACAAGACUACAAAAUCCUGAACACAGCAGAGAUUCGUCAACGCAUGGAGCGUGAUGUCGCUGAAGUAUCUACCGUCCUCUCUAUAUCAAAAGAUGAGGCAAGUAUCUUACUCCGUAAUUACAAUUGGUCUGUUAGUAAAGUUAAUGACUCAUGGUUUACUGAUGAAUUUGAAGUCCGUGAAAAAGUCGGCUUGGAGAAACUUGUGGUAAGUUCUGAUCUUUCCUCCAAUAAGAGAAAAAUUAUCACUUGUGGGAUUUGUUUUGAACCCUACACUAGUGAUAGAAUCAGAUAUGCUUACUGUGGACAUCUUUAUUGUGAAAUUUGCUGGUCUGCUUAUAUUAGCACAUCAAUUAACAAUGAUGGUACUGGGUGUUUGAUGUUGAGGUGUCCUGAGCCCUCUUGUCGUGCUGCUAUCGGUCAAUACAUGAUCGAUUCAUUAGCAUCUGAAGAAGAUAGGAAGAAGUAUUCCGAUUUCCUUGUUAGGUCAUAUGUGGAAGAUAAUAGAACGACAAAGUGGUGUCCCAGCCCGGCCUGUGAGCAUGCUAUAGAAUUUUCUGGUGCUGAUGGAAUCUUUGAUGUCACUUGUCGUUGUUUUACUAGUUUUUGCUGGAAUUGUAAGGAGGAAUGCCACCGUCCAAUGGACUGUGAUGCAGUGAAAAAGUGGAUUUUGAAGAACAGCUCAGAAUCGGAAAAUGUAAAUUAUAUACUAGCUUAUUGCAAGCCUUGUCCCAAUUGCAAGAGACCAAUUGAAAAAAAUCAUGGUUGUAUGCACAUGACAUGCAGGGUUUGCCGCAACGAAUUUUGCUGGUUAUGCCUGGGUCCAUGGAAAGGUCAUGCGAAUUGCAACCGCUACAUGGAAAAAACUGAUACUGAAGACAGAAGAAAAAAAUUGGCAAAGGAAUCUUUAGAGAAAUAUACACAUUAUUUUGAACGUUGGGAUGCAAAUCGAAAAUCGAGACUAAAGGCACUUGCAGAUCAUCAAAGAGUGAAGAAUGAAGAGUUCAAGAAGCUGAGUGAGUCACAAGACAUACCAGAGGCCUAUUUGGAAUUCAUAACGAAAGCAUGGCUGCAGGUAGUUGAAUGUAGGCGAGCUCUGGAAUGGAGUUAUGCAUAUGGAUACUACCUGCCUGACAAGGAUCCUGCUAAGAAACAAUUUUUUGAGUACUUGCAAGGGGAGGCAGAGUCCACCCUGGAAAAGCUUCAUAAUUGUGUGGAGAGCGAGCUGAAAGAGUUUCUUGAUGUUGGUGGCCUAUCAAAGAAAUUCAGCGAAUUCCGAACAAAGCUAGUUGGACUGACCACUGUGACAGGGAAUUACUUCGAGAAGCUGGUUAGAGCAUUGGAGAAUGGCCUAUGUGAUGUGAACUCCCAUGUGAUCAAGGGAUCAGAGGAUGAAGUAGAAGAUCGUUGGCAUUGUGACCGCUGUACCUAUGCUAAUCCCUCCUCCCUCAAAAGUUGCAAGAUGUGUUUCAUUAAAUGA